GUGUCUGGGCGUGGUUGGCACGGUACGUUGAAUAAACCGGGCAAAGUAAAGUCGUGUUAAGUCAGGCCUCGCGAUGGGUCGUCCGAAAACCGUCUGCUCGUCUCUGCAGGAAUUAUGCAUCGACGCUUUAUUUCCGACUUUGGAUGCUUAUGCGGAAAAGUUCAACCCAUCCGCAUCCGGUCCACUGGACAACCUCGCUGGAGAAGUGACCGAAUUGAUUAUGAAAAGAGCCUACGAGAAAAAUGAAAACUGGAUCCCGUCAUGGGUGAUAUUCCUUACACCCAAAAUCAAGAGGGCCUACCUUCCGUGGGAUAAUAAAAUAAUGAAAAUAGCCAAACAGAAAUGCCGAAAUAUAAAGGAAGCCCUUGUUAUAACGAGGAAUGUUCAUUUUCAUUCGAAAAUGUUAGAUUUCCUCCCAAACAAACUCAACGUUUUGGACAUGGACGGAGAACUUUUCUAUAGGGGAAGAGGUCUUCCAGCACAAACGAACAGCGAUUGGCUUCUUGACGCUGAAUUUUGGUUAAG